GCGGUCGCCUUUGCGCGGUCCGCACUCCGCGUUCCGUACGUUCCAGCGUUCGGUGUGCGUUCGUUCCGUGCGCGUCGCGUCAGCACGCUCAGCUGUUGUCCCGCACUCGCCGUGAAAUGACAGUUCCGCCGCGGCGGCGGUGCUGGUGUACGAUGUGGAAAUCAAUUUCGUGAAGAAGGCAGUGCUGAAUGUGAGGAGCGGCGGCAGCAACGGCGCGGGACUGCUCGACGGGCACGACGACGAGACCGAGGACGACGCGGAUCCGCGUCGGGAAAAAUGAACGGCAGUCUGGGAAUAGCGCGCGGCUCAGAGCAACAUCCACAGCGUUUCGCGGACUACUUCGUCAUAUGCGGCCUGGACAAGGAUUCGGGUCUGGAACCGGACAAAUAUUUCGCUAUUUUUGCAGGUGACUCAUUGCAAUGCACGCCGCUGGACCGGGCGUACAAAAGUAAAGUUCUAGGACAUUAUCCAGACUCGGUGCCAUGGAACCCUUUCGACGAACAUGCCGUCUGCAUGCUUUGUCUGCCAAGCGGUUUACGAUUCCGUACUCAAAAGCACUCGGUGGAGCCGACCUUCCACUCCUUCGUGCUCACGAAGGAGGACGGCCACAGAACGUACGGGUUCAGUCUCGUCUUCUACGAAGAGUGCCGCAAUCGCAAGAUAUGCGCCGCUAUGCAAACGCUGCAGGCGAUGCACAUCACGGAGCUCAGCAGCGGCCAAAACGGCACGCCACCCACCGCACGAAAGGGCCAGGACGGACACAACACGAGGUCGUUGCCGCGGCACUUCAAACUGUCAGCUCAUUCGCCGGGUGCUGCGUUAGCGUACUACGACUCUACCAAAGACAAGUUACUAGUGACCAAAUCGAUAUCUCUGCUGUGCCAGCAGCCCUACCUCCACGCGGCGAAGACGUUCCUCGAUAAUCUCUACAAAUGCGUUCCUAGACACCCUGGACCUGGCCUCAGUCUGGAGUCCUACGUGUAUAAUCUCCUGUACAAUGUGCCGGUUCCGUUGCCCGGCAAAUCGUUGAAGUUCUUCGUACCUAACGACGAGCCCGCGAAAUCUCCGCUGGAGCUGGUCAUCCACCAGCCGUCCCCGUCGCUGGAGCUGCCGAUGUUGGACUACCCCUUGAAGGACGUGUUCACGUGGCUGGGUGCGGACUGUCUGAUACAGCUGUUCACGUGCGUGCUGCUGGAGAACCAGGUACUCCUGAGGAGCACGGACUUUCACAAGCUAAUGGUGGUGUCAGAGUGCAUAACGGCGCUCCUCUUCCCGUUCUCGUGGCAACACGUCUAUGUGCCGAUAUUGCCCGCUAGUCUGCAUCACUUCUUGGACGCACCCGUGCCCUUCAUCAUGGGUCUGCACGCGCACAGCGAGGGCGGCAUGUUGAAGAUCGCUAGCGAAGCGAAUCUCUGUUAUGUAGAUAUAGAUAAACAAAGUAGCCAAUUCCCGGAAGAGUUACCCGUGUUUCCUCACAAAGUGCAGUUUAUCGCGGAGAUUAGGGCGCUUCUAAACAAGUACAAAGUACCACACUCGGGAAAGACUGAUAACAUGGUCAUAAAUUAUUACAAUGGCGACAUCAUGACCAGUAGCCUGACGCUUCCUGGCUCCGGUUUCCACCUUCCUCGCAGAAAACAUUCUCUGCAUGAUGUGCUAGAUUGGGACCGACCGGAACCUGGCCCACAGUCGGACAAUUUGCAAAGGAUAGUGGAUAUUGUUAAAAGACCAGUAAACCUAGACGAUAUCGAUCCUGUGGAGGAUAUUAUAAACGAGAAGAUACUUACGCCGCAGGAGGAGUAUCAGGAGACUCUCGUCUUCAAUAACGCUAUCAGGGAGAUGUUCCUGAAUCGUUUUGUACAAAUGUUUUCUAGUUACGAACACUUUGUUAUACAGCCAAGUCAGGAUAAGGAUGAAUGGAUCAACAAUAGGGACAGUAUGCACGUUUUCGACAAGGCUACUUUUCUAUCCGACCAGCCUACGCAGCAUCUGCCGUUCCUGUCGAGAUUCCUCGAGACGCAGAUGUUCGCGUCUCUCGUCGACAGUAAAGUGAUGUCGACGUGGAGCGAGCUCGAUUUCAACAUAAAAGUCUUCGACCAAAGGAUCUCCCUUUUGAAGAAGAAAGUCGGGGAGAGCAUUAUACGAUCGAUGCGUUACGAGCCCUGCACGAGUAUCGCGGAUACACAACAGAUAUUGGAGCAAAGAUUAACCAACGUGGACUUCGAGACGAAUCCGCCCGCGGAAAUUCUCCCGCACCGAGCGGCGUAUUUUCGGAGUUUCCCCCUGCUGGACAGCGUCGUGUUGAAUAAAGAGCCCGCGCAAAGUAUACUCCGCAGUAGAAGAGGACAGACGCAGUGGAAGUAUAAAAUGAAAUCCAUAGACGCGAACGGAAAGCCUGCGACGCCUCAGGAAUCUCAGUCACCUCGACCUCAGACUAAACUCUCGGCGGACAUGAGUCCGGCUUUGAUAGCGCAGGCUAAUUGGACAUUCGUCGAAAAAUUGCUCAAAGAUUGUAAAUCUAAGACGAAGAGAAUGCUGGUGGAGAAAAUGGGGUCGGAAGCAGUCGCGCUCGGUCAUGGCGGCGAGUCUCUGUCCGAUGUCGAGGAGAAUACUCUAGUCGCUAGUCUCUGUGAUCUACUGGAGCGGGUGUGGAGCCACGGCCUGCAAAACAAGCAGGGCAAAAGCGCGCUCUGGUCACACCUGACCAUGUAUCAGGAAUCAGAAGAAUGUAACGACGCAACCAAGUCUAUAGAUCCUAACUUUCUGUCCCCUGCUAAGAAAUCGCCGAAUAGGUUUUUCGGAAUACCGAAUCGUUUGGUUUCAUCCUUGAGAGGCAAAAGUAUGUUCGAAAUUGCGUCUUACAUCAGGGACAAUUUGAACGAUUUGUCGAAUUUACAAUUGGAGACAGACGUCUCGCCCACAAGAGGCACGGACAAGCACAAGUCGCCUGGCGAGAGGAAAACCGUAGGCCCGGAACAUCUCAGACCCUUGCCGGACUCUCUGAUUUUCGACAUUCGUAACGUCCAAGCGAUGACCGACAUCAAGACGCACAUUGGAUAUGCAAGAGCGUGGGUGCGGCUGGCACUUGAGAAAAAACUGCUGUCGCGUCAUUUGAAGACAUUACUGUCGGACAGCGCUCUGUUGAGGAGUCAAUAUAAGCGAUCGGCGUUUUUACGCUGCGAAGAGGAGAAAGAGCAAUUUUUGUACCAUCUCCUGACGCUCAACGCUGUCGACUACUUUUGCUUCACGAACAACUACCCGACGACGAAGUUGCCGUAUCGUGUCGUGAUAUUUCCCAGCCGGAAAGCGAGCGCUGCUACGACCUCGGCUAAUAGUUGGAUCGCUAUUUCCGGCACACUCUGCGAGACAAAUCCUGUGCCCAUACCGAAGGGAGCGCUUGAAUUCGUAUUCCAUCAUAAAAACUUAGGCGUGCUGUCGACGUUACGAAUCGGACAUGACAACACGGGAAUGUCACCGAAGUGGAUGGUGGAGCACGUCGUGGUGAGGAACGAGGUGACGGGACAUACGUUCAAGUUCCCUUGCGGUCGUUGGCUGGGCCGAGGAAUAGAUGAUGGAUCUACUGAGCGAUUGUUAGUGGGCGCCUUAGUACCUCGAAGUAUCGACAGCGAGGAGCUGGUGGAAUCGUGCUCCACACCUCCGAGAUGUAGAUCACCUAGUAUACCGAGACGUCCCAUAUUGUCUCAAGUCGAGCUGCAGCAUAUGCUCGGUGAAGCUGUGAACGCUAUAGUCAAAUAUCACUACAGGAGAGAAUGCCAGGAUGGUUCCUUGACAGCGCUGUUGUGCGGAGAAGGCGGCCUGGUGCCGUCCUUGGAGCAGAUUUUUUUAUUCGGCUUCAAGAACCAGAGAAUCUUCGGCAGGAACUUCUACGUGUGGGAUUAUUUUCUGCGCGUGAAGGAAAAUUUCGAGAUAUCCUUGCUGGAAGAAAUGGACGAGUACUCGCAGAGGCUUAACCGGGACAGAAGAGCGCAUGCGGAGAGCAGCCAGAGAUUCACGAUUUUGAGAUGUUAUUGCCAUCUUAUCGAUCAAAUUAAUAUGUUCAGCCAGACUUUAGGAAAGGACGGCAAGUUCCAGUUAUUCAUCUGCCUGGCGGCGAGAGAGCAGCUACUUCAUCCGAUGUUACGGCCAAUGAGUGACGCGCGUUCCACGACGGAAAUGUACGAGGAAAACUCGUUUCUGAGGAAUCCUACGCUGUUGACCUUCCUCAUUCACAUUCUCGAGCCGCUGAGCGAGUUCCACAUUGUUCUCGAGAAGAGUUUGACUCACGGAAUCUCUAGUAUAUGUUAGUACUUGCCGAAACGUACGGAUGUACGUUGAAAAAUCGUCACGGAUAUUUCUGUGUUCUCCCGGUGAAAUAUGUCCGAAAAGACGAAGACAAUUUGUUAAAACUCCACGCGUAUCCGCCCGACGUGAUCGGCAAGAACUUGUCAUCCGUCGCUCUAUCGCGUUCUUAAUCGCCGACGGGCUGCAGAACGAGAUCAAGUCUUUCCUAGUCGGGGACACACGCGUCUCUCGGUCGCGCGAUAGAAACUCGUCGUCGUGCUCCAAAAGACGACGAGCUCGAUUGUUAUAUUACGUAGAACGAUAGAGGAAGCUCGGCGAAUUUUAUCAUUGAGAUGAAAAAAGAGAUUAAUGAAAAGGAUUUAAUAAUACAUAUACAUAUAUAUAUUAAAACUAAAGACUGUUACCGGGAAUGUAGCUGUAUAAUAGACGUUUAUAGGUGACAAAUUAACGGCGAGAAAUUAAACGCGAGAUUUAUGAGAUAAUAUAAUGUUAAACAAAGAGCAUAGAUCCUGCCCUAUUUCAGAAGCUUGCGAUAUUAUGACCGGUGAUAAAGCAAAAGAAAGGAAGAGAAAUGAGAAAUAAUUAAUAUAAACGGAAUAUGUUCGGGCUAUCUUGCCGUAACUAUUAACUGGAAAAUGGUGGAGAGUUCGUUGAAAUAUUGAUACUAAUGAUGACUCAUGUACCAAAGAUGUGAUCCUACUUAAUCAGUAGUAUUUUAUAUUAUCGUUAUUGUCAUUAAGUCGUUUAGUUUCUUCAUUAUUCUACACUUUUCGUAUAUCUCAGUCGGACACACGCGCGCAAUCUUUUCGAAUCCCGACGUUUUACUCGCUCGCGGGGAAACUAUUUUCCGAAAUUUUAACAUGUACGAGAAAUUCGUACACGAGAUACCUAUAUAUACAUACAUACAUAUAUACAUACAUAUAUAUACACAUAACUCGCUCACUCAUACAUAUACAUACAUACCAUGUUACAUUACAUUUUUUUAAUGGCUGUGCUUCAAUACUUGCGUGUUAUGAGAUUGAAUAUAACUGUCCUGAGCGUGAGUGUUGUACUAACAUGACAAUUUUAUAUUAUGAUGCGUAUUAUUACAUCGGUCGUAUACCGAACUUCGGCGAAGUGUAUAUUUCCCAAGAGUCCUUCGUACGUAACCGAGUACCUCGUGAUAUUUUAUCCAAAUGGUCGCUCUUUUAUUCCGUUUCUUUUCCUGUUUUCACGCCGCCCCUCCGAUGCUCCCGCGGUUUUAUAUUCGAUCGAUCAUUUGUACGAUACACCCGUCGGUAUAGAUACAUGUUAAUUAUAACUGCGAUACAAAAGAGAGAGAGAAAGAAGGAAGCGACGAAACUUUGUCGAAUUGCACCGCGAACGGACCAAACGAUGUGUUUAGAUCGUUGUGUCUCUCUUUAUCUCUUUCUCUCUCUCUCUUUCUCUCUCUCCUCGAGAAAGAGGAAAGUCCGAGUGUUACGUCGAUCAGAAAAUCUCGUACUCGUUUUCCUCUUGUCUAACUUAUAAUAUGAGGAGACCAUACUUCGACUACAGAUCGACUUGACAUUUCCUUGAUCCGAAGUUGUCAUUAUUACCGACUUUGCAUGCCCAUUACCAUUCUUCAUAAGUAAUACGAGAUAAUAAUGUUUAUUCUAAAAAAAGAGAAAGAAAGGAAAUAAUCCCAAAGUACAAUCUUAUAUGCGUCUGGCGCAAACUCGCAACUGCAUUCGAUAGUUAAGAUAACCAUUCGAUUUCUCGAUUUCCAAAGUGCUCAUCAAGUUCCCACGCGAUAUCGUCGGAUAUUUCGUCGCGAUUGCGACCGAAUGUGAAAUUGUCGUUGGUCAAAAGCAUUUUCGCCCGGCAUUCUCUCGUUCGUCGUGUCUGGCGCCGGCGAAAUUGCAUCUUUACGAUACGAUGCGCGAUUCUCCGAUCCGUCGUUCUAAUUUAUCUUCAUUACGCGUCGAGGCCGAGUUGACAAAAUUUCGUUCUCACGCGUUGCGUAUCGUGUCGUCGUUUUAAUGAGAAAGAAAGAAAAAAGAUGUAGAAAAACUGUGUCAUUCAUGAAGGGACCCAGCAAACAACGACGUCAAAUGACGCAUCAAUGGCGUCUCUAACAUUAAUAACAUGUCAUUUGACGUAGUUCUGCUGCUUGGGGAGCGAAAAGGAAGGGCAAAGAUGGAUUUUCUUCCUCGAACCAAUAAUAUUUGGACGUUAUCUGGCGAGAAAGCCGAUACCCUGAUGUUAUGUAUAUUGUGAUCGUUUCUAGACUGAGGAAAUAAUAUCCGUAAUGUAUCUUCGUAAAUGUACAUCGUGUCUCCUUGAUUGUCGCCGGAUACGUGUUGCGCGCCUCGCAUUUUACGUCGCGGUCACGUCAAAGCGAAGCCGUCGAAGUGAUCAGCAAAUACUUCAAAACACGGGCGUUUUAUACGAAAAAUAUCUCGAAUUACAUGUUUUUAUCUAUCUCUCUUUACUAGUAUUAUUGUACAUGCGCACUUUAUAACAUAACGUAUAAACAGCUCGAAUGAGUACAAAAUUGUGCAUGGAAAUAGCAAAUUUGUUUAUAUCAAUUAAAUGUCUGGUGAGAUAUGAACAAGCCAGAAAUUCCGAUUGAAGUUACCAGAAUUCCGUUCAAGUUAGCAAGAUUUCUGGUCAAGUAGAACUCGCAACUGUUGAACUUGAAGAGAAAUCUUGUCUGAUUAACCCUUUCAGGACAGGAGACAUCUUUUGAUGUUUUACGGCCUUCAUGUAUUUCAGAAACUAUCGACUCGAUAUUCACAAAAAUUGGUACGUAGAGGUUUUUCGGGAUGCUCUUUCCAAAUUUGAAGUAAAAAGUAUAAAAUUCAAAAUGGCGGAUCAAAUAUAGUGAUUUUCAAGAUGCAAAAUUAUAUAAAUAUGACUCAGUUUCCGUGGAACUUACUCUUUAAAUUUGAAUUAGUGAAAUUCUUUACUGAUUUUCAAUUUCGCUCUUCUUGAAGCUCAUUCAGUACCACACAAACUUUAGUUAGCAGCAGACUGGAACAAAUGACAUUUACAAUAUAUUUACAUAUUAUAUACAAAUAUUCGAUUUCAGUUCUCUAAAAAGUUUCAUAGUUCAAAUUUCACGGAAAUUGAGUAAUAUUUAUAUUAUUUGUUAUUUUUCCGCCAUAUUGGACCAGAAUUUUAAAAAUCUAAAUUCAGAUUCAGAAUUUUAAAAAUCUAAAUUCAGAUUCGAAUUCCACGACCCCAAAAAUCCAUAGAAUACUUCCCUAUAAUUAUCUCCCCGAGCAACCUUCCGUCCUGAAAGGGUUAACCAGAGUCUUGUUAAUUUGAAUAGCAUUCUGGUAACUCGAAACGCAAUUUUGGUUCGUUCAUGUUUCAUCAGACAUUUGGCUAAUCCGAUCAAAUCUCUUUUUCCGUGUAUAAAAGAAAAAAAAGAACAAAGUGCGCCCCGACGACGGCGAUUGCUUCUGCCACGUGACCGCGAGUGAAUCGCGCCGAUUCAAUACUCAUUGUAGUCUACACUUAAAGCCGCGAUUAGUUCGAAACCCGUUUCUUACCGCGAGGUCGUUGCUCUGUAUAUAUAUACGUACGUGGAUUAUACCGACAAGCUUCGUGUAAUGUGUGCAUAAGGACUUUUACAAAGCAUAUGUUACGUAAGGUGUAUAUAUUAUAUAUUGCAAGGCAUAUUAUUGUACAGUAGAAUAAAGCAUUAUCAUGAGGGAUCUGAUGGAAUUCGUUAGACCAUUUCGCUCGCACGGCGAGAGCGCAUUUCGCGCUCCCCUCUCAUCCGGGGACUCUUGACACGUUGACCGUCACGAUGGGGGUCACCGGCGACCCGUGCUAUGAUUUCGCCGCGUUAAAUUAAUUUACGCGUAAGGCGUAACUAAUUGCACAUAACGAAUUAAAUGUGAGGGAGCUAAUAAAAAGCUGCCUGAGGAAUACACGCAGCGGAAAAUGUAUGCGCUCAUCAUCGUGACUUUGCUUAUUCAAAUCUCAAAUUGCCGACUUCAGAGCAAUUCACGAAGAUCCGCGAGACGGUCAACGCAUUAUAAUAACAUGAUGUAAUACAGUAGUAAGGGAAUGUUGAUAGAACGCAGUAGUAUAGUUACGAAGUAAUGAAACACUCGAGAAUGAGCGCUCGAUUUGUGCUCUGUUUUCGACGAAAUAUUCACGCGUGAUCUUUGUGAGGAAGUAAUACACGGAGAAAAUUUUAUUAAUAGAAAUUA